CAUAAACACUUCACGAAGCUACUAUAAAAAUGCAAGGAGGACCCAGUUAUUUCACUAAUCGAAUCAGUACUGCACGAAACAUUCCAAUUUACAAGAUAAUGUACUUAUUCCCCUUGAUAAUUGUGGCAGUUAUCUGCAAUUGUAUACACUCAUCCAAUUGCGGGACCAUUUCCAGUGAACUUUUAUCCAAGUUAAGAAAUGGCCAGAAAGUUGACGCCAUCUUAGAACUUCCCUCCGUUUUUGGGAAAGUUAUGAGCAAUCCAGCCUUAAAGUUUUUGACCGGGGCUGACAAAGCCAAUAUGAUGGAGACUUUGAUGAAACAAUCCACGUCUGCAUCCCAAGCUCCCUUCAUGGCGGCAAUCAAUCGACUUGGAAUCUCAGACUCUGCUACCCCAUUUUGGAUUUCAAAUGAUAUCAGUUUAACAAAUAUCAAUUUAGGAGCCAUUCAAUCUCUUGGUGCACUUCCUGGUGUAUUCAAUUUAAGAGAGCAAUUUGUUGCCAAGCUUGAUCCUGUUGUGCGAGGAAAUAGAGUUAGCCGUGCCACAUUCAAUGAGACCAUCCAAAAAUACCCUCAUUGGGGAGUGGACAAGAUACAGGCCCCCGCCGCAUGGUCCAGAACAAAAGGGGAAAAUGUCCUUGUGGCAAUUAUUGACAGCGGAGUUUACAUGGAGCACGAAGCGCUAAGAGAUGGCUACACAGGGAAAUGGUUAGAUGCAACCUCUGAUGCAUCAACGACUCCGAUUGAUCCGAACGGUCAUGGGACUCACGCCCUAGGAACCAUUUUGGGUCGUACGAAUAACAUCGGCGUCGCGCCUCGCGCAAAAUGGAUCGCUUGUCGGGCUAUGACCCAACAUGGGGGAGGAUUGGAAAGUUGGAUAAAAACCUGUGGUCAAUGGGUAUACCAACAAAGACCUGGGGUUGUUAGUAAUAGUUGGAGUAUUGCAAAUGGCGGAACGUCAACUUCAUUCGAUGAUGUAAUAAAAAGUUGGAGGGCUAUUGGGAUUAUCCCUGUGUUCGCCAGUGGCAAUAGCGGAGACAACUGUGGUAGUGCGAGGUACCCUGGAAAUCACCCUGAUGUUAUUUCCGUGGGUUCUACGAGGAGGGAUGAUGGAAUUUCAAGUUUCAGCGGCCGUGGUCCCUCCCCAAAAGGGUUAAUCAAACCGCAGAUUGCGGCUCCUGGAGAGUUUAUUGUCUCUGCAGAUAACACAGACCCGAAGGGGUAUAAAAACUUGUCUGGAACAAGCAUGGCUUGCCCACAUGGAGCUGGGGUGGUUGCAUUAUUACUCUUAGCUAACCCAUCUUGGAAGUAUGACGACGUUUUACAGGCACUCAUACGGACUGCAGAACGUCCACCAAUCACUAAAGAAUGUGUAUCCUCGAACACCACUAGCUAUCCCAAUAAUGCGUAUGGCAAUGGGCGAAUUAAUGCUAAAAGGGCAGUUGGAUUGUAAAAAAACUGUAAUCCUAAUCUACAUAUGUAUGUAUUUCUUACCUAGAUAAGAAUAAAUGCCUCCAAUUGUAUGUUA